GCUUCCGGGAACGCUGGAGCAAAAGGCCAAACAGACCAGGCCGGGUUAGAGAAGUCAAUGAGAUUAGUGAAACUUUCUUAAUUAGUUAAUUUUCUGAAAAUCUAAAAGGCACAACCUAGAUUCGAGUUAAUGUCUUAAGUAGUUUAACAUGUUAUUACUCCAACCUCAUGAAAGUGACAAACUGACACGUUAUCAUUUUCGUCAAAAAACAACUUUAUAUCAACGGAGUACUUCUGAUUUGCGGCGUGCACAUGCGCAGUUAGGCGCCAGGCGACCCUUAGACCAGAUUCGUUGAUUCUGCUCGCUAACGUCGCCAUUACACAUCGCCUACAUGCGUGAUCGGGGAUUUCUAUUGGAGAAACCGUUUCGGACUAUCUUCAUACUGUACUGUCUUUGAUUAUAUAUCAGGGGUGGAGAUGGGAUGAGGGGAAAUGAAGGAACAGACGUCGUUUCAAAGCAUCAAUGAGUAGAUGGAAGAAACACACACAACAACCAUUUGUUUACAUCGAUUCAGAAAGCUUAAAUUCGUUCGACGUAAUGAACUACAGCUCCCACAAACCAUUGCAGAAUUAGCCCUUUCCGGGUUCUUCGAACUUGCUAGUUAUCAGCUGAAAGCAUAAGGUGGAUGUGUGUUCCGUUGGUGAGCAGCGAUGCCCCUGGAGGUGAAAUGGCCGUUCCCACAGUGCCCGCAGCUGGCCUGGAAGGUGACCAGCACCCUGGUCAUGGGCAUGGUGGGCUCAUACAGCUACUUCUGGACCAAGUAUCUGAACUGUAUUACGGUUCAUAAUCAGGAUGUUCUAUUUGACCUGAUAGACCAACGUCCACCUGACACACCCCUCAUCACACUGUCCAAUCACCAGUCCUGUAUGGACGACCCACACCUCUGGGGAGUUCUGAGACUCAGACACCUCUGGAACUUCAACAAGAUGCGCUGGACUCCGGCUGCGUCGGACAUCUGUUUCACCAAAGAGUUACACUCCAGAUUCUUCAGCAGAGGGAAGUGUAUUCCCGUCUGCAGAGGUGAUGGGGUGUAUCAGAAAGGCAUGGACUUUCUUCUGGAGAAGCUGAAUGGAGGAGACUGGGUACACAUCUUCCCAGAGGGGAAAGUCAACAUGACUGAGGAGUUUAUACGGCUGAAAUGGGGUGUCGGCCGUCUGAUAGCAGAGUGUUCCCUCAACCCUGUUAUUCUCCCUGUGUGGCAUGUAGGUAUGAGCGAUGUCUUGCCCAAUGAGCGACCCUACAUCCCUCGUACUGGACAGAGAAUCACAGUCCUGAUAGGGAAUCCAUUUACAGUCAAAGAUCUUCUGGAGUCUCUCCGACAACAGCAGAAGAGCCAGAUGGAGAUGAGGAAGGCCCUGACAGAUUCCAUCCAGGAGGAGUUUCGUAGCCUGCGGACCAAGGCUGAGGCUCUCCACCAGCGGGUACAGACCACGACCUGAGCCCCAGGCUCCAGCCCGGCCUCCACACCUGGCCCCUACCCUAACCUCAGGGUACCAACUCAAUAUAGAGUGGACAAAGAGACUGACUGUAUACUCACACACACAGGAAACUAGAUUCACACACACAUACCUGUGCCUCAUAGUGUGUGCAGUCCAACCUGCUGUCUGAUAAACCAGUGGUCACCAAUGUGAUAAUUGCAAGGAGUAUCCUGCUAUGCACCUCAAAAAUCAUUCAGUCAACAUACAGGCAACGUUGAGAAAACAUUGUUCCUUGCUUCAUGUUUGAAACCAAUUCAACGGGAAUGUCCAUAGAGCCAAUGUUGUGUUUACCAGGCAUUUUAUCAACCGUCCAGUUCCCUCCCGUGUUAUGAAGUUACGUGACAUUCACCUCUGUCCCCACGGUAACAGCAGAACUAUGAGUAGUAGAGAAGUGUGGUUCCCACAGUAACAACAGAACUAUGAGUGGUAGAGAAGUGUGGUUCUCACGGUAACAGCAGAACUAUGAGUGGUAGAGAAGUGUGGUUCUCAUGGUAACAGCAGAACUAUGAGUAGUAAAGAAGUGUGGUUCUCACAGUAACAACAGAACUAUGAGUGGUAGAGAAGUGAAAUGUGGUUCUGAUCCUCUGGCAGCUUAGCAGGAACUGACAAUACAGCCAGGAAAAACUACGGGUCCUAAUCACAAAUCCUUUCACUUUGUGCCCUCAAUCUCUCUCUCUAUUGCACUCCGUUUCUCUUCCGUUGUCCAUCUCUCUCACCCGAUCCCUCCUGUUGUACUGUUUCUCUCCCGUUCUCCAUCUCUCUCUGUUUCUCUCCCGUUCUCCAUCUCUCUCUGUUUCUCUCCCGUUCUCCAUCUCUCUCUGUUUCUCUCCCGUUCUCCAUCUCUCUCUGUUUCUCUCCCGUUCUCCAUCUCUCUCUGUUUCUCUCCCGUUCUCCAUCUCUCUCUGUUUCUCUCCCGUUCUCCAUCUCUCUGUUUCUCUCCCGUUCUCCAUCUCUCUCUGUUUCUCUCCCGUUCUCCAUCUCUCUGUUUCUCUCCUGUUCUCCAUCUCUCUCUGUUUCUCUCCCGUUCUCCAUCUCUCUCUGUUUCUCUCCCGUUCUCCAUCUCUCUCUGUUUCUCUCCCCGUUCUCCAUCUCUCUCUGUUUCUCUCCCGUUCUCCAUCUCUCUCUGUUUCUCUCCCGUUCUCCAUCUCUCUCUGUUUCUCUCCCGUUCUCCAUCUCUCUCUGUUUCUCUCCCGUUCUCCAUCUCUCUCUGUUUCUCUCCCGUUCUCCAUCUCUCUUUGUUUCUCUCCCGUUCUCCAUCUCUCUCUGUUUCUCUCCCGUUCUCCAUCUCUCUCUGUUUCUCUCCCGUUCUCCAUCUCUCUCACCCGAUCCUUCCUGUUGUACUGUUAUCCUCGGUUCAGUCAUCUCUGAUCUCUAUUGAUUACAUAUCUAUUACUGUGAUUGAAACAAUGCCACCAAUAAAGUACUGCCUUUUGUUAA